AAACACGGAUCCGUUAGGAGGUUUAUUUAAAUUAUCGCUGGCGAAUUUCUCUUGAAUGGAGAAAGAUGCUAUUACUAGAACAUAUAGACAUUAAAAUAACACGAUUUUAGCAACUACUCUAGUGUCUCUCUGGGACUCGCCGGUCUCAAUGCGCAGGCGCAGAAACCUCUCGCUGAUAGGCCCUUCCCGGCUGCAUCUGGGAAGACCCGGAUGUGUUGGGUCUGGCCGCCCGCGAUAAGAAAGCGGUCUUUCUUUGCCUGUAUCGCUUGCUUCCUGACUUGCAGUUGUCUUCGGCUCUGCACACGUUGGCCUAACAAUAAACCCCCGUGAAUCCCGAAGGAUUCAUUUUGGAGUCUACCUGGAGAGGGUUACGUUGCGCUGAAACCAGUUAAACUUGCCCAAUAGGUAUCAGCCUAGUCCUCUGCAUGGUUACUCGGAAGUUCAAUGGGGCUUUUGUCUAAGUCAAAUCAAUUCAGAGUUGCAAGCUUUGCAUAUUGACACUUAUAUAGUACUGUAGGAUUUUGGCGUGGAACAGUAAUUUAGACAUACUGCUGCCUUUGUAGAUCGAGGAAAAAUACCCGUAUUUUGAAUAGUCUCCUGUUUUAUUUUUCAUCAUUGUUUCUCAUCAUUCAACACUUAGUUUCCCAAAGCAUUUUCCUGAUGCUCCGCUAGGUGGCAGUAUCUAGCUAUCCUGGAGUGAUAUCGGAAAAAUAGAUUUGGAUACAUCUAGUACUUGGAUGAAAGAAUCCCAGAGCUACAGCACCUUCCUUUGUGGGACUUGAUGGGGUACCUCAAGCGGAUAACAGAGCUCCAUUCUAGGAGGAAUGGGACUUCAACGGAUGGCCAGACUGGCAAAACAAGUGAACAAAUAAUUGAAAACAAAGCAUUUGUAGCAGUGGCGGUUAUUUGGCAGCGGUGCAGAGAGCAAGACUCAAGACUUUGAAAAUCACAGCUAUGAAGUCAGAAGACAACAAGCCGUUCUUGCAUGUGACUGGAGGCCUGCUGCUUUGCAUACUAGUGGUGGCUUUGGGAAUUUUUGAUGGCGUUCACACAGAUACUGGCUACGAGCAUUAUGCUGAACCAACAGUGCCUGGAAUGCCAGUCUUCCUAGCUAUGCCAGCAAAUUGCUUAAUCAAUUUGGCCUACAUACUUCUGGGUUGGUAUUGGUGGCCACCCGGUGACAAGAGUAGGCAGAACUACUUUCAAGAGGUCUUUGCCCUCAUGGCGCUUUUAUAUGGGCCUACACAAUGGGUCCGACUGUGGACACAGCAUCAUCGGGCAGCUGUUUUAGAUCAGUUGUUAACACUACCAAUUUUUGCUUGGGUCAUUGUUUGGUGCCUAUUUCUUGAAACUGGGUGGGAACCAUAUGUUUUUCUAGUCAUAGAAGUGACUUCACUGACUAGUUAUGUCCUGGCAGUGCUUCAUCCACAGGGUUUUGAGUUGGCAUUGAGUGGACAUAUAAUUGUUGUUUUUUGGAGAGUACUGAAAGUGCAAAGACAGUUUGGCAAUGCCAGUUCCAUCUGGAUUAUAGUUCUGGGAACGAUGUGUUGCUUUGGUUUUGUAAGCCUCAAAGUGUGGGAUCGAGAACUGGCCCAGUGGGCAUUCUUCUCUCGACUCACUGGUCAUUUUUGGUCCAAGGUAUGUGAUGUGCUGCAGUUCCAUUAUACUUUUCUCUUCCUUACCUUAAUGAGCAGACACCGGCUAAGCUCAGUGAAAUAAUCUAUAAUUUCAAUGAACAGUCUUAAUCAAAGGAGAAACUUACACAACAGUACAAGAGCAUACUGUAAUGUGGUUUGAAAGAAUAAAAAGUCUGCUAAAAUAUGCCAGUUUCUUCAAAAAGCUAUUGAAGAUAGUUGGUGAAAUCCACACAGUAUCACUCAGUUUAUUUCCUGUUGAAUAUAAUCCUGUUUUAUAAAACCACAUAGGAGAGAAAAAAAGUUGAUUUAUACAGUAGUCCUCAAUUUACAACCAACUGUUUAGUGACACUCUGAAGUUACAGCAGCACUGAAAAAAGUGACUUAUAAUCAGGCCCUAUACUUAACCGUCAAAGCAUUUCCAGGGUCAUGUGAUCAGAAUUCAGGUGCUUGGCAACCGGAAUCUGCCUUCCCCAUUGACUUUGCUUCUCAGGUUGCAAAAAGUACAUGACCCUGGGACCUGCAAUGGUAAUAAAUAUGAACCAGUGCUAAGCAUCUGAAUUUUGAUCACAUGAUCGUGGGGAUGCUGGAAAGGUGGGAACUCUGAAAAAUGGUCAUAAGUCAUUUUUCUCAGUGCCGUUGUAACUGAACAGUCACUAAAUGAAUUCUAAGUUGAGGUUUACCUGUAUACUUUUAAUUUUAUCUAGGAGCUUAGUUUAGGGUACAUAGCACUUCCUUUUUUAUCCCAUCCCAUCAUCAGGGUUUGGGCCAAGACAGACUGGCCAAAGUCACACACUGAGCUUCCAUGGCUAAGAAUGAAUUUGAACUUUUAUGUCCUUUGUCCAAAGUUUAACCUUUUCCUACCACAACUCCCUUCACAGUGAUGCCAUGUAAUUAUUCAGCGUUAUUAAUAUUCAGCAUAGUUCAGUUUUGAAUAGAAACAUCUUACUGUGAUGUUGAACUACAUUCCUAAAACAGAAUCUAUCAUGGCUACAACACAACUGCAGCAUAGCAAAAAAAAAAAAAAAAGUCACUAGACAAAACUUACCCUCCUAACAUUAUGUAGAUGUUUUCUAUUUUUUUCUUUCCAAUUUCUCUUUAUCAUAUCUAAAUUUGGGGUCUUAAAAUUUUUCCCUUUCCCUUUCCCUUUCCCUGUAGCAUCUUUUGUGCUGGCCAAAUCCUAAAUCAUUUCUAUUGUCUAAAUAAUGACAAGUCAUUAGUCAUUAGUACUUUUUUUCUCUUAAUUUUGUGGUUUUCUGUAUUAAAUAAGAACAAUAAUAAUAAAGCCAACCACUUUGAUAACCAUCUGGUUGAAAAA